AUCGCGUGCGCUUCCGGUGAAAGGUGCUGCCCAAUGGCUGUCCGUCUUUUUACCCCUCGACUCCACUGCUAUGCUCUCUGACCCCAGUGGCAGCGCGCUCUCAUUGCAGUCGUCUCUCUCGGGCUCCCCCUCUUCCCUCAUCGAAGCUGUUCUCUCUCGUCUGUCUCCCUCCUUCCUCGUCUGUCGCAUUUCAGUGAGAGUGCUGCUAGUGAGGAGAGACCCUGGGGGUCGAAGGUUCUGCCCUGGCCGCCGCGACCUCAACCCCUCACGGCUUCCGAAAUAUCCGAUGACCGUCGUCUUUGACACAUCAGCGGACAACCCCCGAGCGGUUUUGGGCCAGAAGAGAAGAUCCAAGCCUUGGGACUAAAGGAUGCUUGCUCACCGGAUCUGCGCUGCACCACUGUGACCUGCUCAUGCCCCAACCACAGGUGCCAUGGCUCGCAGAAUAUCCUCCCAGGGGAAGGUCACCAUCUCCGUGGAUGAGUACAGCUCCAACCCGACACAGGCCUUCACCCACUACAACAUCAACCAGAGCCGCUUCCAGCCCCCUCACGUCCACAUGGUAGAGCCACUUCCCUACGAUGCGCCAAAGCCUGUGGGUCAUACGCGUUUCGUCUGCGUCUCAGACACGCACUCGAGGACAGAUGGAAUCCAGAUGCCUUUUGGUGAUGUGUUGCUUCACACGGGUGACUUUACUGAGCUCGGCCUGCCGUCUGAAGUGAAGAAGUUUAAUGACUGGUUAGGCAGCCUUCCCUAUGAAUACAAAGUUGUCAUCGCUGGAAAUCACGAACUUACCUUCGAUAAAGACUUUAUGGCAGAACUCAUAAAGCAGGAUUACUACCGUUUCCCCUCAGUGUCCAAGCUGAGGCCGGAGGAUUUUGAUGACGUUCAGUCCCUUCUUACAAACUGUGUGUACUUACAGGACUCUGAAGUCACCAUUAAAGGAUUCAGAAUAUAUGGGGCUCCAUGGACCCCAUGGUUUAAUGGAUGGGGCUUUAACUUACCUCGUGGCCAGUCUCUCCUCGAUAAGUGGAACCAGAUCCCUGAAGACGUAGAUAUUCUUAUGACACAUGGGCCUCCUCUGGGGUUCAGAGAUUGGGUCCCCAAAGAACUUCAGAGAGUCGGCUGUGUGGAACUACUCAACACUGUACAAAAGAGGGUCCGACCCAAACUCCACGCAUAUGGGGGAAUCCAUGAAGGGUAUGGCAUAAUGACAGAUGGCUACACAACAUUUAUCAACUCCUCCACAUGUACAGUCAGCUUCCAGCCCACCAAUCCACCAAUCAUAUUUGAUCUCCCCAACCCAGGAAAUUCCUGAGACUCAUUAAAGCCCCACCCCCUUUUUUCUACAUAACUCUUCCUUACUUAAAAUGAAUGGUCUUUUUGUACUGCUUGUAUUUAAAAAUGCAUGGAAAUGAAAUAUUUUUUAAAGUCGGAUUGAAGCCGACACCAUUUGAAUGACUAUUGUAGGCGAAGAAGAACUUGUGAAUUCAUAUUUGUAAUUUGUUUGCAUCAGUUGCCUUCUGUUUUUCCUUUUUUAUUGGUCAGGAUCUUAAAAAGUGCAUUAUAAAGGUACUCCUAAAAGUGUCAGCAAUACUUGACCAUGUCUGAUUUAAUAUUAAUUGUGCUUUGUAAAAUUAUUAUAAAGUUAUUUAAAUUCAUGAACUUCUUGUAUGGUGUAUUCAAUUUUGGAUUAAAUGAGUAAGUUCAUAUUUCACUCAAGUCAAAGGUUCCCAGUGGGUCUGAUGUUUAUUGCUGCAAUCAGACUUUGCUCUUUUCUAAUCAAGAAGACACAUCUUUAUCUACCAGGUCAUUAAACACCAUCAGCCGAGCAUUUUGUACUCUCAUAAAGAGUGGCACAGUAUGUGUCAAAAGAUGAAAGGUUUUUAAAUGGGGUGUUGUGAAUUUAAUUUUGCAUUAUCGCUGUGGUGCUUUGUCCUAUAAUUACAGUUUAGAACAGACCUAAUGUGCACAUUUUCGAGAUCAUAAAGAUCUGAUUGUGCACAUUAAAAAUGGAUGAGAAUUUGCAAUUUGACUGCCUCAGGAGAUAUACAAAGGUAAAUUUCUGUAAAGAUUCAAACACAAUUGUUUAUCGUAAAGAUUUGCAAAACCAUUGUAUUCCAUUUGUUUCGAAACUGGAAAUGACAUUACAACAUUAAGCCAUUUCAUUUCUCCUCAUCUCCAUUUUUAGUUGUAAUAAUGUGCGUUGUAUAUUUCACUGUGGAUCUGCAAUCUUGUGAGCACAAAAAAGAUGGUUUUAUGUCAUUUCUGAUGUUGUAAAUGCUUUCUUUAUAUGUUUUGUGACUUUUUUUAUUCAUUGUGACAUUUAGCCAAGUUUAUAUACAAAUAAAACAAGAUUUUUUCUGA